CUUUGUUCAUCGACAUAUUCACCAUAUGUGUGGUUCCGUUCGGGUGCAAGUGCCCACCGCCGAUGUGUCAGCGGCGACUGACAGCCGUAUUCCUAUGAACAACGCGCGAACCGAAUCGCGCAUAUGGCGAUUCUAGCUCGUCAUUUUCCCGGCGGGCUUGUGCCCGCUGACAGUGCUCGGUUGCCCGCUCUGCCGCACUUGCUGCAUAUGCCUGAACGGUUUCUGCGGCACAGCGAUGGGGAAACAGGGCUUCGCUUUGAGGGUCAGACCUGAGCGCAAUUGACGUCCUUCAAGUCCGCUGUCGCUGUCGAUGUUGAUGUUGAUGUUUGCUGUUGCUAUGCCGUUGUCGUGCAGUUGAAGCUGUUGCCGCAGUGAAAACAGAGCUUGCUGUUGCCACUGAAGCAAGGGGAUUGGCAAAUGCCAGUCAGGCCGCUAAUGGAGCAGCAUGAGCAGACAGCCCAGCUGUGCGACUUCUGUCGCAACAUCAACUUCGAAGCCCUCCGAACCCCUCUCGUCUCGGACAUACCCGCCCUCAAGCAGGGCACAGUCGACACGACGCGCUACCCCUUCAAGGUCAAGGACGAACAAGAAAACGCGACGAAGGCGACAUACCUAGGAACCCUAGGUGCCCUCCUCCAGCGAGUCGCCACUGGCAAUUGUCGAUUAUGCUAUCUCUUCGGCAAGGUUCUGGUGCACCACGGGGCCCACUGGCAUCUCGAGCGGAGGCCGGAACGCCACUGUUUCGCCAGCCCCAACUACCAUGGCCAGUUCCGGUUCAAGUCGAGGGAGAACGCCUUCGUGACGACCCGGUUGUCUCUCACGACCGAAGCCGCGACACCGAACCCCGUCGGUCACGAUGUCCAGAAGGACGGCCUGUACUACGACGAGGGCUUGUACUUCGCACUCCAGGCGUGCAACCCGGGCGCCACAUCGGUGCGUGUGGACGAGCGGUUUGUCGACCCUCGCCCGGGAGCGGACAUGAUGAUCUACGGUGGGCGCCGACGGGAGUUGGUGCUUGACCUGGGGUGGGUGCGACGGUGGAUUGCCAUCUGCCAGGAUCGCCAUGGCGUCGGCUGCGAAGAGCACGAUGUAGACCCGGGGCACAGGUUCGGGAAGGUCCGCUUCAUCGACGUCAAGCAGCGCUGCAUCGUCACUCUCGCGGAUACUUGCUUGUCGGACCAUCGGUACGUUGCGCUCAGCUACGUCUGGGGGGGACCGCAGGCCGUCAAGCUGGAGUUGUCCAACAUGGAGCGACUGGCGAAACAAGAUGCGCUACGCGCCGGUGCCCUUCCGCACACACUAGACGACGCGAUACUGCUGACCGAUUCGUUGGGAUUCCAGUACCUGUGGGUUGAUGCCCUGUGCAUCAUCCAAGACGACGACGGCGACAAGAAGAUGCAGAUCGGCGGCAUGAGCCAGAUAUACGGGUGCGCGUUUCUCACCGUCAUCGCUGCGUCGGCGGGGAGCGUCGACGGCGGCUUGCCGGGUCUUCGACCUGGCACCCGAUUUCAGGAACAGGAAGAAAUCAUGGUGAUUGCACCGCAAAACGAGGACAAACAGAGCGGCAGCAAGAAACGCCCGGGCCUAUCCCUCAUGACGACUCUCCAGCCUCUCACCAAUCGGGGAAGCCACCUGCUCGAGGAUGCGGUAUGGAACAGCCGCGGCUGGACGCUUCAGGAGCGUGUGCUCUCGCGCCGCGUGCUCAUAUUCAUGCAUGAGCAGGUUUAUUGGAUCUGUCGGCAGGGCAUCUUCUGUGAGGAGUCGUACUUUGAACACGAGGCGAUGCCUUUCAACCGGUACAGUACUAACGCGGCGGAGCUGAUGCUGAGACGACCGGCUCGAUCCAGCCACGAGGCCUCCGAUGAUGAGGACAGGCGGUUCUGGGCCAAGUAUAAGACGCUGGUGGUGAGCUACUCCCGCCGUACGUUCGCUUACCCGGGUGACGUCGCGGAUGGAUUUCUCGCCAUUCUUCAGGGGUUGUCGAGGCUCUCGAGGGAAGAGUUUACCUGGGGACUCCCGCGCUCCCACUUCGAACAGGGUCUGUUUUGGAACACCUUUGCCGGUGUCCGGCGUAGGGAAAGCUUGUCGACGCUGCCUAUGACGUCCAUGCAGCGGAAGGUCCAGUUCCCUAGCUGGUCUUGGAUGGGCUGGCUUGGUGAAUUGACCAUCAACAUUGGAGAUGAGCGAUUCGAACCGGAUCUCGAUGCCGAGAUUCCCGAGAUCCUCUGCUUUGAGCAUCACCAUCACCCCUUGCGCCUCGAGCGCGUCCGCAGGACAGCCGCAGCCUACGACUGGUUGCGCCAACAGGACCUGCCAAGCUGGAAAGCUGGGCAUGAUCAGCCCGUCGAGUUGGCGGACUUGACGUCGAGUCUCCCUCAGCUCCCGGACAUCCCAGAGACGCUGGUACUCUUCUUUUGGACAAGCUCGGCCUUUUUCACCGUCGUCACGAACCAUGGUACCCCUGCAUCAUCGCUGAUGAAUACCAGCGGCGACGUUGUCGGGUCCGUGAAGCCCACGCCGCCUGAGAAUGAUCAUACGACAAGUGAGGGACAAAGACUAGGCCAGUACGAGUUUAUUGUCAUAGGGAGCUCACGGUCUACGUAUCCAGGUGCUGACCCGGUGCUGCUGGUGCUUCAGAUAGAAUGGCGCCAGGGCAUCGCCUAUCGCGUGAACUUUGGCGAGGUCAAAGAACGUUACUGGGAAGCUGCGCCUCAUACUUGGAAGCUCAUUGCCCUUGGAUAGGGGUAAGUACUAGGGUAUGGUAGCGUGAAGAGGUGACAGGCGUUUCAUGUCGACACAGAGAGCAGAUGGAAUGCUGGAUCGCCCGGCACCAUGUCUGGGCCUUUCUACCUGAUUUAAUCCAACAAAGCGGGA